AUGAGGGCGACCAAGGAAGAUAGAGGACCGCAGUUCAUCGUGUCUACCAUGGACAGCGUGUCUCCUACUUGCCAUACCCUUCGAGUACCCAUCCUUGACUACGAGAUCUUUGUCACGCGCGACCCGGAGAACGUGAGAGUCUUGUUCUCAAGCCCCGACUUUGACAUCAGCAACACAAGACAAGCAUCGUGGAUGCCCCUCCUCGGCAAGGGCAUCUUUACUAGCCGCGGCGAGACUUGGAAGCACAGUCGCGCGCUAUUGCGCCCACAGUUUGCCAGAGAGAUGAUUAGUGAUUUAGAGCUGGAGGAGAAGCAUCUCCAAGUCUUGAUGGGCCAACUACCAACGGAUGAUUCUAAUGGCUGGACAUCAAAGAUUGAUCUACAGCCACUGCUAUUCCGAUACACACUAGACACUGUAACCGAGUUUCUGUAUGGAAAGUCUGUCAACUCGUUGAUCACGGCGCAGAACGGCGGAGCAGGCGCAAACAGUGACAUCGCCAAACACUUUGACCAAGCCAAAGUCUGGAUUGACAAGCGCGGUGCACUGGCUAAAUUUUACUGGCUGCUGACAAGCAAGGAGUUUGAUGAGAACUGCAAGACCAUCCAUAGUUAUGCCGAUGCAAUUGUCGCUGACCGCCUGGCUCAUCCGCCUCCGGAAAAAGUGUCGUCUGACCCUGAAAAAGGCAAGGCAUUCAACCUCUUGGACGAGCUUGCCAAAGUCACGCAAGACCCGAAGCAACUCCGAAAUGAGACACUUCACGUGCUCAUUGCUGGAAGAGACACAAUGGGGUCUCUCCUCGGCUGGGUCUUUUACUUCCUCGCCCGUCACCCGGACGUCUUUGAGAGGCUACGGCAGACACUGCUGAACAGCUUCGGUGACACGCCGCCAGACUUUAGAGCCGUGCGAGACUGCAAGUAUCUGCAAUGGGUCAUCAAUGAGACUCUACGAGUCGCGACUGUCAUUCCAAUGAAUGAGCGCAGAGCCUUGAGGGACACCGUCUUGCCAACAGGUGGAGGGCCAGACGGCACCAGUAGGGUAUUCAUUCCCGAAGGCACACAGGUUCUCAUCCCGUUCUACGCGCUGCAACACCGCGCAGACCUGUGGGGUGCGGAUGUGGAAGAGUUCAAGCCCGAACGAUGGGAGGUUAAGAGACCUGGUUGGGAGUUCAUCCCCUUUGGAGGUGGUGCGCGCAAGUGCCUUGGUCAACAAUUCGCCCUCACACAAGUUGGAUACGUUGUAGCCCGCUUCUGCCAGCAGUAUGACAGAAUUGAGAACAUGGAGCAAGGUGAUGGCAAAAUCAGACUGCACCACGCAAUCGAAAACCGAAGUGGGACUGGCGUCCAGUGCAAUUGCACGCUGAAACAAUGGGUUCUCCCCUCAGCCAACGACUUCGUCAAAGGCGCGAAGAUCCAAUCACCCUCUGGAACUCCUCCCGGCAGCAGCAUUCAGUAUACACAGUCAUCAUUUGACGAUAGGCAAUGGGAGACUGUUAAUCUACCCCAUGACUGGGCCAUCAAGGGGCCCUUCAAUGCUCCUGGCGUAUCGGGUGGCAUGGGUCGCCUACCUUCAAAUGGAGUCGGCUGGUACCGCCGUAAUAUUACAGUGACAUCAGAUGAUGUGGGCAAGACUAUAUUCUUGGACGUGGACGGUGCUAUGUCUUAUGCGACUGUCUGGCUGAACGGAAACUUAGUUGGUGGAUGGCCGUAUGGCUAUGCCUCGUUCCGACUGGAUCUUACUCCAUACCUGAAAGUUGGCGACGACAACAUUUUGGCUAUUCGAGUGGACAAUGCGCUAAAUAACUCACGGUGGUACCCCGGUGCUGGCAUAUAUAGAAAUGUCUGGCUAGUAAAAGUUAAUUCGGUGCAUGUUGGACAGUACGGGACAUAUAUCACAACGCCAACUGUCUCUAAAGACUCUGCCACAGUCAACCUAGUGGUCGAUGUUGAGAACAAAGGAAACACUAGCCAGCAGGUUGAUGUAUCAACAGAAGUCCACUUACUCGACCCGUCAACUGGCCGAGCGGGCGGCGAUGUAAUGGCUAGCUUCAAACCAGUAACAGCAACGGUGGCAAUGGGAAAGAAGCAGUCUGUCAACGGGUCGGUGUCAAUAGCAAAGCCAUUGCUAUGGGGUCCGAAGCCAAUACAAUCGCCAAAUCUAUAUGUUGCCAUAACGACUCUAUCAAUCGGUGGAAGUGUGGUUGACACAUAUGAGACGCAAUUCGGCAUUCGCGCGAUUAAAUAUGACGCGGACAAAGGCAUUUUAAUCAAUGACCAGGCGGUGCCCAUACAGGGCACUUGCAACCAUCACGAUCUCGGCUCCCUUGGAUCCGCGUUCAACAUCCGAGCGGCAGAGAGGCAGCUGCAGAUGUUGCAAGAAAUGGGUAGUAAUGCGUUGAGGACAUCACACAACCCACCUGCUCCUGAGAUUCUGGAUCUUGCAGAUCGAAUGGGUAUCUUGGUCCUGGAUGAGAUUUUCGAUUGUUGGAAUAACCAAAAGACGACGAAUGAUUUCCAUUUGAUCUUCGCGGAUUGGCAUGAGCCUGAUCUCCGCUCUUUCAUUCGGCGGGAUCGUAACCACCCUUCGAUUAUGGCAUGGAGUGUCGGCAACGAGGUCGGAGAACAGUCGAGCGCAGCUGGUGGCACGACUGCUCAGGGCCUACGCGAUAUAGCCCGCGAUGAGGAUCCGACGCGCCCGGUCACCGUGGCGAUGAAUGCGGCUUCGGCUGGUAGCUCCUUAGCCAAUGUCCUGGAUAUUGAAGGCUUGAAUUAUCAGGGUGAAGGUCUUGGCACAUCGACAUCCGGAUCCUUCUCGAGCUUCCAUCAGAAGUACCCGGGCAAAGUCAUAUGGGCCAGCGAGAGCUCCUCCGCUGUCAGUACCCGUGGCACGUACUUCUUCCCAGUGACCAGUGGCAAGAGCGCAACGGUUGGUAACGGGUCGGGUGGAAACUCCUCGGCCUUGCAAGUCAGCGCUUAUGAGCUGUACGCAACUUCAUGGGGAUCAUCGCCUGAUAAGGUCUUUGAGGCGCAUGAGAGAAACCCCUAUGUGGCUGGUGAAUUUGUGUGGACGGGCUGGGACUACCUCGGUGAGCCCACGCCGUACGAUUCAGCCCGCAGCUCCUACUUUGGGAUCAUUGAUAUGGCCGGUUUCGAGAAGGACCGUUUCUACUUGUAUCAAUCUCAUUGGCGUCCUGACUUCCCCAUGGCUCAUAUUCUACCCCACUGGACCUGGCCGGAGAGAGCUGGACAGGUCACUCCGGUUCACGUGUUCUCAUCGGGGGACGAGGCGGAACUUUUUGUGAAUGGAAAGUCUGCAGGGCGAGUGAAGAAGGCACAGAACACAUACCGCUUCCGGUGGGAUAACGUGGUCUACCAGCCAGGCAACAUCAGUGUGGUUGCUUACAAGAACGGAACACAAUGGGCCACGGACUCUAAAAGAACCGUUGAUAUCGCUGCUAAGCUGAACAUCACGGCUGACCGAACUGCCAUCAAGGGAGAUGGGGAUGAUUUGUCCUUCAUCAGGGUUGCGGUUGUGGAUAGCAACGGCGAUGUAGUCCCGCGCGCGAACCAUGCAGUCACAUUCUCGAUCUCUGGGCCCGGUCAGAUUGUGUCUACAGACAAUGGCGACCCGGCGGACAUGACUGCUUUCCCAUCAUUGACACGAAAGGCUUAUAGUGGGAUGGUAUUAGCAAUUGUCCGGGCUGAUGCCGGCGCCGCAGGAAAGAUCACUGUGUCGGCUUCAGCAACCGGUCUUACUACAGCUACCUUAGGCCUUCAAGUUCAAUGA